CUUCUUAAGGCCAUUUAACAAGCAACACCUCAUUUUCGGCUCAAUACCAUUGUCCAUGCACCAUCAUGCACUCUCAGCAGACCAAUCUCAUUCGCAGUCUGAACGAGUUCUACACCCUACUCUACCAACUAGGCGCCUACGAAGAAACCAAGAUCCUCCGACCAGAGCCCAGCCGCAGCAGCAGCAGCAUAGACCCAGCAAAUCGCCAUCCCUCGGGCGCCAUCAACCGCGCCGCGGCAUUGGCCGCCGGAUUCACCCCGGCCGCGGUCGAUCUGAUGGACCAGAUCCCCUAUCUGGACGUCGGGGUGCUGGAAUUUCAGAUCUGCCCCAAUACGUUUGCGAUCAACUAUCGAAACGAGAAGGAUCACGACCAAGGGAGCUUCGAGGCGUGGCGAUCGACCUGUUCUCCCGAGAUCGAACUGCCCGAGAACACGGUGGCCUUGACGCAGGCCUCGGGCGGGGGCAGGACCUGGCUCUAUGAUGUGGGGACCGGACUUAUGCGCGACUGGGAUUUGGGGAGUGAGGAGGAUCCCCUCGUGGUGCCGGCCGAUCUGCCCUCCAAGGUUCUGGCUCCGUAUAUUGAGAAGUACAGGAGUCUGCACUAUCUGAUCAUCCCGACGGGGUUGGACUGUGCGUGGGAGCUGUUCAUGGCUGGACAACCGCCGGAGGACUGGGGCCCCUGGGACCGGUUGGAUUGGUACCUCGAUUAUGGGCAGUGGAAAGCGACCCGAUAUAUCCUGCAACUCUAUCUGCAGCAUGGCUGGGAAGUCACUUCAGGGAUGCCUUUAUCACAGGAGCAGUUUCGACGGCCGGACUUUUUGAGAGCGAGGGACCAGUACUGGGCAGAGGUGGUUGUGCCCCUGGGCCAGGCGACGGAGAUGUUUCGAAGACAACGGAUGGUAGAGACGUUGUGAAGAUCGAAUCAACUCUGAUCCCCGAGCUGGAUAGGGAGCCAGAAGUCAUGGGGACGCACCCCUUGGAGCUGCGCGCAGAUGGCACCCUCACGCUCGACAGCCGACUGCUCCUUGAACCUCGCCGCCUCGUCGAACCCCAUCAGCCAAUCGCCUGUUUCGCGCAUGAUGAGGUCUCUUUGCUCCUGUGGAGAUCCAAUUUGGGCGCUGAUUUGGUCGAAUCCUGCAUCCUCAACCAGGGAUGCUGUUGUGCUGGCACGUUGCGGGAGGAGCAAAUGCGGUAGUGUAUAUCAACCAGCCAGAUGGUGAUAAACCGCUGAUUACC